GCGGUUGAAUCAUGGCAGGAACAAGGCGAUUCAAAAGGAAAAGAAAAGAAUCUAAUGAAAAGAAUGGUAACCAGCCAGAAAAUGGAGAUAAAAGGAAAUCUUAUGAUUCAAUUGUUAAGGAGAAUGAAGAUUUCGAUAAAUAUUACAAAAAACAAGGUGUUGUACCUGAAUCUGAGUGGGACGAAUUUUCAGCUACGAUGAAGAGAGACUUACCCACUGCAUUUCGAAUAACAGCAUGCUCUAGAGUAGAAGCUGAGAGGCUGUUGAAGAUUGUAAAGGGCGAAUUUUUUGAAAAAUUAGUGAAUCCAGAAGACAAUUCUGAAAAGAAACAACCAUUUCCAUUGCCAUGGUAUCCGAACAACUUCGGUUGGCAGUUGGAUCUUACCAGGAAAGACAUCAGGAGGUCCGAAGCCUACUUCAAGUUGCACAACUUCCUCAUUUCCGAAACUGCUACUGGUAACAUUUCCCGACAAGAAGCUGUAAGCAUGAUCCCUCCUCUCCUACUAGAUCUAGAAAGCCACCACAAGGUUUUAGAUAUGUGCGCUGCCCCUGGUAGUAAAACUGCUCAGCUGAUAGAACAUUUGCAUUCGAAUACUCCUAUACCAAGUGGCAUAGUUGUUGCCAACGACAUUGACAAUUCUCGCUGUUAUAUGCUCGUCCACCAGGCGAAGAGGCUUAGCAGUCCCGUUGUACUCAUCGUUAAUCAUGAUGCAUCGUCCAUGCCAAAUUUUAUCACAAAAACAGAAGGAGGUGAAUCCUUUUUAAAAUUUGAUCGCAUCCUCUGCGACGUGCCCUGUACCGGAGACGGCACUUUAAGAAAAAAUGCAGAUAUUUGGCUGAAAUGGAAUCCUGCCAACGGCAGUAAUCUUCACGGAGUCCAAUACAGGAUAUUGAAAAGAGGUAUUGAGCUGUUACAAAUUGGUGGAAAAGUGGUCUAUUCAACUUGUAGCAUGAACCCUCUUGAAAACGAAGCUGUUGUCGCACGUAUCCUCUCCGAAUUUAAAGGUUCUGUAGAACUGUUGGAUGUCCGUGACCAAUUAAAGGGGUUGAAAUCGAGGCCAGGCAUCAAGAAAUGGUAUCCAGCUGCAAAAGACGUCACCUUCUUCGAAGACUAUAGUCAAGUUGAAGAGAAGUGGCAGACCCAAGUGAGGCCGCAUAUGUUUCCUCAGAUGUAUGAGGGCGAUAAUUUUCCGCUUGAGAGGUGUAUUCGAAUCCUGCCUCAGGAUCAAGAUACUGGAUGUUUUUUUGUUGCUGUUUUGAGAAAAAUUAGUCAUAAGAACAGUACAGAACCUGAAACGACUGAAGCUGGUGAAGUAGUUGAAAAAGUAGCAGUAGGUAAGAAAAAAGAGAAGAGGCGCAAAAUUCAGGGAUACAGAGAGGAUCCUUACGUAUUUUUUAAAGGAGAUGAAGAACUUUGGAAAAAUAUUCAGGAAUUUUACAACAUUGAUGGAUUUGAUCCCACACUUUUACUCACUCGAUCUAAAGAUGGUAAGAAGAAAAAUAUCUAUUACGUUUCGCCUGCGGUUAAAGAGAUCGUUUCAGAAAAUCAAGAAAGGAUAAAGAUGAUCAAUACUGGUGUAAAAGUUUUUGCCCGAUGUGAUAAUAAAUCGAUGGGCUGCAGCUUCAGAUUGGUCCAGGAGGGUUUGUACACAAUUCAGAAACAUAUCAAACCUGGAAGGAGGAUCAAGAUUUGUAAAGAAGAUUUUAUUCAACUUCUGCAACAUGCUGAACCAAAGGAUGCUGUAGAUUUCGAAAAUUUAACUCAAGAAACGAGAGAUCAAGCGCAAAACAUAAGCCAGGGCAGUUGCGUAAUUGAUUACGAAGACAGCAGUGAUGGUCUGACAUUGAAUAUCGUCGGCUGGAGAGGAAAUAAAACAUUGAGGGUUUACAUAACUCUACAGGAGGCAGUGCACUUCCUCCGGCUUCUCGGCGCUCCCGUUCAAAAAUAUGAAGUGAACAAGUUCAAGAAGGAAGAGAAAGGAGAAGCAGAAGAAAUUCCUGGUUGA